CGGACAAAUCCAGAAAGGGAGCAGUCAUUCAAGAAAUGCCAUGCUGAAGUGCCACGAGGCCACGGAGGACCUCCGGACACCGGAUCAGACGCAGCUGCCCCCCGGCUGCUAUUUUCACUCAGCUUAAAUCGCCAUGGGCAGCCAGCAUCUGCGCCAUGGGCCACCGACAACAACCAGUGUGUCUUUACGCGCCAUGAAGUCCACCGCAGGCCAACACCUCGCGCACGACACCCAGAGUUUGCCCUCUGACCCCGACGAGCUCGACAGCGGGAGCGACAGCUCGGAGAAAUCCACCGGUGCCGGGAGUCCCACACGGGGUCACAGACGGCGCGGGGUCCGCAGACUCGCGGGAGUGAGCAAGCAGCGUCAGGCGGCAAACGCACGGGAGCGAGACCGCACGCACAGCGUCAACACGGCCUUUACGGCGCUGCGCACCCUCAUCCCUACGGAACCGGCUGAUAGGAAGUUGUCGAAAAUCGAGACGCUGCGAUUGGCCUCCAGCUACAUAUCGCACCUGGCCAACGUGCUUCUCAUCGGGGAGGACUGCAGGGACGGACAGCCGUGCCUGAAGUAUCACAAUAUAUUGCAAAGCAACACCAACCUCAAAAACCCACAGAUACGACCCAUCUGCACGUUCUGCCUUAGUAACCAAAGGAAAAUGUUAAAAGAUGGGGACAAGCACAUGACUGCGUGACAGCAAGGGCUCUCCGACUGACAGCUGCCAUGCACGAGCCUCCAACUUUGAAUGUUUACAUGUAAAGAGAAAUCAACCUUGCACAGAGACUAAAUAUCCUGCUGUAUAUGUUUUUCUAUGUUGUUUCUGAGGACAGACGUGAAGAAGAUUGGCAACAAAUCUACAAAUAGGCCCACUGCACUUUUUUUUCCCGCGUUUGCCGUCCCCCUUAUCAACCGUGUUUUGGUUAAUGUAACCGGAGAGCACGUGUAACGUUGCACCUGGUGGACGGCUAUUUCAGUAUCAGAUAUAGUAUCCACACCGUCCCCAUGCCUUAAAAAAACAGUCCGGUGUCUGCCUGUGCACGUCACAUGAUGGUAAUCAAAACCCUGCGGUUUGCAGUGGUUGCUGUCAGUACGACGGCGGGCUAAAUCUCAUCCCCUCCCUCUCAUCAUGGGAUCCCAACAUGGCACUCGGGAGACCAUAAACAAGAUUCAGAGGUCUCGGUUGGGUUGGGCAAAGCAUGUUUAAGAUUUAUUAAGAAUUUUAAAAGCCACAUGACAAGUUUUUAAGAAUGGUGGGCAUUUUAGGAUCCUAAAAUCUAUGGCCCUGCCCCAGUUUCCAACUUGCAACCCACUUUUAAGUCAAUGCUGUUUAUUAAAUGUUACAUUACUGCUGGGUAGUUUUGCACACUUUAUCAAAAGGGUCGCAGUGUGCCCUCUUACGACCAUUUUAGGUCUUAAAGUGCACACUAGAGGAUGGAAACUUGUUGCAUUAUACUCAUUUUUUGUCAUAUUAUUAAAAUCAUGGUGUGCACUUAAUGCAUGUCAUUGCAGACUAGUUCCCCACAACCGAUUUAUUUUUUUAGAGCUUAAAAAAGGUUGUCUAUGCACUUAAAUUUGCACUAUAAGGGAAGUCUCAAAACUAGUAAGACAUAUUUGCUCUGGAUUUGGAUCAGAUGCAUUCAGUCUAGUAAUGAAAGCAAUGGGUUUGUAAUGUGCGCUAAGCCUAAAGGCGAGUGACGGUAUUUUAAUAAGGUGCACAUUGUUCCAAAAAUUUCGUUUUUUUGUUGUUGUUGUGGUUGGAAAUGUCAAUACAUUAUCAAAAUGGGUUGUGAAUGCAGCUCCUUGCUGACUAAGUAGACCACUAAUAUUUUGUUUACGUAAGCAAAACCAUCACAAAUUUGACCCUGGAUCACAAAACCAGUCAUGGGUAGCAUGGGUAUAUUUGUAGCAAUAGCCAACAAUACAUUGUAUGGGUCAAAAUGAUAAUUUUUAUGCCAAAAAUCAUUAGGAUAUCAAUUAAGACAUUUUGUCAAUUUUCUACCAUAAAUAUAUAUAAAAUUUAUUUUUCUGGACUUCAUUUGGACAACUUUAAUGGCUAUAGAUGUAUCUCGGCCAAAUAUUGUAACAAACCAUACGUAAAUGGAAAGAUAAAUCAUUGAGCUUAUUGACCCUUAUUACUGGUUUUGUGGUCCAGGAUCACCUUCAUUAUUGAUGAAAAUAUUUGAAGUAGCCUUAAAGGGACACUCCACUUUUUUUGAAAAUAUGCUCAUUUUCCAGCUCCUCUAGAGUUAAACAUUUUUGUUUUACCGUUUUGGAAUCCAUUCAGCCGAUUUUCGGGUCUGGAUGUAUCACUUUUAGCAUAGCUUAGCAUAAUCCAUUGAAUCUGAUAAGACCAUUAGCAUUGCGCUAAAAAAAAAAUAACUAGAGAGUUUGGAUAUUUUUCCUAUUUAAAACUUUACUCUUCUGUAGUUACAUCUUGUACUAAGACAGAAGGAAAAUUAAAGUUGCGAUUUUCUAGGCAGAUAUGUUACAGCAGCAAAGUCCUUGAUUAUUACGCCAGAAUGAGAGUAUAGUUCCUUUUAAUUUUCUGUCUGUCUUUAUACAAGAUGUAACUACAGAAGAGUCAAGUUUUAAAUAGGAAAAAUAUCCAAACUCUUUUUUUUUUUUUUGUUGCGUGAUGCUAAUGGUCUAAUCAGAUUCAAUGCAUUAUGCUGCUAAGCUAUGCUAAAAGUGCUAACGUCAGACCCGGAGAUCAGCUGAAUGGAUUCCAAAACUGUAAAAAUCAAAUGUUUAACUCUGAGGGAGCUAGAAAAUUAGCAUAUUUUCAAAAAAGGGUGGAGUGUCCCUUUAAAGGUAGGGUACGUGAUCUCCGAAAAGCCAAUGUUGACAUUUAAAGUCACCUAAACAAACACGCCCCUACCCCAAAUAAAAUCUGGACCUUUUUUGAUAGACCCGUCCUACACAUACACAACCCAGGCAAUGAUGUGGAUUAGUAGACACACCUCUUACUGCUGAUUGGCUAUAAGUGUGUUUUGGUACUCGACCCAACUCCCUUUUUCAAAGUGUUUCAAGGAUCAUGCACCCUGCCUUUAACAUUGUGUCAGAAUUGCUUGGGUAAAAACAAAUUUGGAAAAGUGUCAUCAGUUUUAAAAUGUUUACUCCAUGUGUUGCACAGUUUUCUUUUUGUCAAAAAUCCAGCUUGAGACCCCAAGUAAAAUGGACACUUUGCAAAUGUACUAUUUUCAUGAACUAAUUUAGUAGUCGUUAUAUCUUAAGAUAAACAUCAGCUGUGCCAUUUUGGGAUACCAUUCAUUUAAAUAUGCUAAAAAUCAAUUAUAGUAUACAUUGACUUUUUUAGACCUUUAAGUACACUAAAGUUUAAUUAAUUCUUUAACUUGACACUUACUCAGCACACAAAAAAAGUAUACUUUAUUUUUAACUGGGAUGUUGAGUAUUUUUUCAGUUGCAUUCAAUUAUCAAUGACUAAAUGUUUUUUUUUUGAUUGACACUCAUUUGUAUAUAUUUUUACCCGGGUUAAAAUAUUUCUCCAGUAAUAUGGCCUACCUCUAAAACAAUCAUAUGCGAAUACUUGAACACUUACUUCUAAAAGUGGUCUUUGCACAUGCCAAACAUCAUAUGAGCUGCUAUUUAAUUAAUAAAGUAUUUUUGUAACGA